AAAGGAAUAUAAGGAAUCGCAAUUUGGUGUGGGCUAACACUCAGCAAAAGUAGGAGCAAAAGAUGUUACGCGUUUUAGUUUUCGCUGGAAUACUGGCUGUCGGACAUGGCUGCCACCACUCUCAAGGCGUGCCAGGAAGACACAAAAGAGCGCUCUCUCCACCUGGACCAGCAAUGAGGAUUGCAGACACAACAACGUUGAGAGAUUUCUUCACUAACUGCAUGCAGCAAAGGGCAGGUAGUAUAUUCCCUUCUUUUCAAACCAUCCUGGACUACGUGGUACUCGACACUAACUGGUACAGAAACAGCGAUAACAUAACUUGUUCGUUGGCUUCGGACAGUGAUACAGCAGAGUGUUGGAUCGCUCGCUUAGGAAACUUAAUAAUCCCUCAAUCACCGCUGUAUGCAGCGAGUCAAGCUUGCAUCUCUGAUUUCGUAACCUUUACUACUGAAGGGGGUAGAGAUCUAGGGAUCGGAUUCGCUGGAGAAGGAAGCGCUGGUAGAUUUAAACGGCAAGCCGUUUUGGAUCCUGACGUUGGAGACACCGAUGAUUACAUUAAAUGCUUUGAAAACAAACUUCACUUGCCCGACGAUAGAAAUCCUAUUUCGGUUCCAAUUCUUGUUCGAUUUAUAAGGAAUCAUACUGUUUGCAAAUUAGGAGCCAGAAUAGAAGACUGUAAACUGAACCAAACUACAAGAGCGUUGGUGCCUCGAAACUUCGUCUACCGACUUGAAGGGCUUACAAGAUUGGACUCGCCACUAAGAUACCCGAUCAUAUACUGCAACAAUGAUAUUUUCCCCAUAGUAUUUGAUGUACCAGUUCGCAGGACCGACGCGUGUUACGCUGGUUUGGUAGUAAAUGGAGUAUCUAUGUUCCGCACAGAGAGGUGCGCGCCUAUGGAGACGAUGUGCCAGACGAAAAUAGUGGCGAACGGGCCAAUUAAGAUCGUUGAGAAGAAAUGCAAACACGGGCAAGCUUGCCUUAGUAAUUGGAGUGGUAACAGACAGAACUGCUACGGUGAAAACGCAUUGAAAAAUGGGGUCAGAGUUUGUCAUUUCUGCUGUGCUGGGGACCUUUGCAAUGAGUCAAGUGAAAUCCCAUCUAAUUAAAAUCAUUUCUAUACUAUUCCCACGCUGCUAUGCCUUUUCCCAGGCUUGUCAUCUCUCCGUACGAAGCAGAUUUAAUGUCGUGCCAUUUUGUUAUAUUUUAUAUUUUUAAGGAAUUAACACGUCCAGAAUCCAGUUAGUGUAAAUUAUUUCCGAUUUUCUUUUCUCUUUUGACACCAGCUUCAAUAUUUAAUGAUAUCUGCUUCAGAUUGAUCAAUAAUAUAGAAACCAAGUCGCCUCCAUUUUGAAAAUAAACUAUUUCAUAUGCAAUAAAUUCGUUGUAUA